AUGGCAAAGUGGUACUCGAUCAUAUUGGACUGCCCGCCCGACAAAAGUCGUAUUGAACAGAUGUCCAUCAUCAUCAGAUUCGUAUCAUAUGAUGAGAAGGCUAAAAAAUUCGAAAUAAGAGAACAUUUUCUUGGAUUUCUCCCUAUUACUGACACCACGGGUAAAGGAUUGACAGAGGUUAUUCUUGAUGAGCUACAGAAUUUGGGUGUUGCCUUUUCUGAUAUGCGUGGUCACAACGGGGCGAACAUGAAGGGCAAACAUUCUGGGGUGCAAAAUAGGAUUCUGCAAAGAAACCCUCGAGCUUUCUUUGUCCCUUGCUCAGCUCAUACCCUCAACCUCGUAGUUGGCGAUGCUGCUGCGGCCACAGGUCAAACUACAGGCUUUUUUGAACUUAUUCAAAAGCUGUACGUUUUUUUUUCGAGUUCCACGAGUAGGUGGGACGUGCUUAAAAAACAUAUCCCAUCUCUGACUUUAAAAGCUGUCAGUGAUACGCGUUGGGAAAGUAGGGUUGAUGCCAUCAAACCCGUGCGCUACCAGCUUGGGGAGAUCUACGAUGCACUUGUCGAAAUCUCGCUCGAUGAAAAAAAUAAUAAUGCAUUGAAAUAUGAGGCUAAGUGCUUAGCCCAAUCGAUCGCGAAUUUUAAAUUCAUUUGUAGCGUGAUCAUUUGGUUCGAUAUUCUAAACAAAGUUAAUGUCGCGUCAAAAUUAUUACAAAGUCCUGCUUUGAAUAUAGUUGAAUGCUGUAGCAUCUUAGACAAAACUAUCGAUUUUCUGAAGCAGUAUAGAUCUGAAGAAAGCUUUUCUAGAAUAUUGCACGAAGCGAGAGACUCAGCAUCUGAAGUAGAGAUAGAGCCAGUAUUUCCCCCUGAAAACACGGUUCGCGUUCGGGGUAAAAAACGUAAUUUCGAAUACGAAGCUCGGGAUGAAUUUGUGCACAAUCCGGAGAAACAAUUCCGAAUAGAAUUUCUUUGCGAUGUUGUUGAUACGGCAGUGGUAUCGAUUGGAGAGAGAUUUCAACAACUACAGGCACACAGCAAUGAUUUCAAAUUCUUGUAUGAUAUUCAUGCUCUUAAGUCUUCAAUGAAAGAAGAAAUAAUGAAGAGCUGCAAGGAUUUACAGAUAACAUUAACAGAUGAGGAUCACAUGGAUAUUGAUGGGAUUGAUCUGUGUGACGAACUUAUUAAUCUGGCUUUGAUCUUGCCUGCGAAUCAAUCCCCAAUUGAAGUUUUGAAUGACCUCGUGAAGAAUGAUCUUCUGUCGAUUGUACCCAACGUUGUCAUCGCCUUGCGGAUAUUAUUGAGUUUACCCGUUUCAGUGGCGUCAGGAGAGCGGAGCUUCUCGAAAUUGAAAAUUAUUAAAAAUUAUCUGCGAUCGACAAUGAGCCAGGAACGCUUAGUCGGAUUAGCCACCAUAUCCAUUGAGAGCGAAUUAUGUGAUCUGAUUGACUAUCAGGAGCUUAUUGCAGACUUUGCAAAAGUGAAAGCAAGAAAAAUAAGUUUCGAGUAA